UUCGUCGGUUGGUCACUGGCGUCCUCGCUCGGUUUUCGCGAACUGUUUUGUGUGAAAUGCGUAAAGAAGUGUAACGGUAACUGAUGGACAGUAUUUAAAGGUGCUGAUAUGUAAUGUAUAUUUUCAUCUGCCAAUUCAGCGAGAAAUAACAGAUGAUUUCUGCAUUUUGGAUAUAAUAAUACCAAAAGACUGUGAACGCGAGCGACUCGACUAGAAGUAUUUUAAAGAAGAGAAUAAUCAAUCUGAUAAUAAUGAAGAUCCAAGACAAACUCCUCGUAUUUUCCAUUGUGAUGCUCGUGGGCGGAGGAAUGACUGGUCUUCAUGCCGCGGCAUCGGCGGCGGCAACCCCCGGCGGCACGGGCGAGCACAACGCAGAAGGCGGCGAGGCCCUGGGCGCCCUGGACCCGGCGGGCCUGUCGCAGCUGCGUCGGGCGGUCCGCCAGAUCGUGUCCGAGCAGUCGCAGGUCAAGCCGGCCAACUCUUCAGGGUCGAGGACGCGCGAGGUCUAUGAUUUUACAAGGUCCUUCCACGUGGGAACAAGCUGCCAUGACAUCCAGUCCACGCAAGGCGCCACCAGGUCAGGCAUCUACCUCAUCCACCCGCCCAACCUGGUGCAGGGGCCGUGGAAGGUCUUCUGUGACCUGGAGAGCGAGGGCGGAGGCUGGACCGUCUUCCAGGUCCGAGACGAUGUUGAGCCGCACGAAAACUUCAUGCGAGGCUGGGAGGACUACAAGGUCGGCUUCGGAGACUUCGACCGGGAGUUCUGGCUCGGGAACAUCCUCCUCUGGUCACUCACAAACGUGGACAACGAAACCAACUACGAGCUCCACAUCGAGCUGGAGGACUGGUCGGGCAACAAGAGGUUCGCAAGGUAUCGCGGCUUCCGCGUCGGCUCGGAGCGCGAUGCCUACCGUCUGUACCACGCGAACGUCUACUUCGGUAAUGCAGGUGACUCCCUCUACUCGCACAAUGGACUCCCAUUCUCCACCUUCGAUGUAGAUAAUGACAAUCGCGAUGGAGAUUUUGUGGAACGCAGCUGUUCACGGUUAUAUAAGGGUGCUUGGUGGUACGGUAACUGCCACGAUGCGAACCUGAAUGGCUGGUACCUGGGGGGCCCUCACAGAUCCUUCGCCGACGGUGUCAAUUGGUACACGUGGACGGGGUACAAUUACUCUCUCAAACGCACCGUUAUGAAGUUCAGACCACAGAGUUCGGGUCCCAUUCCCGUGGGCUUCGAUACCUUCAUCAUUGCAAACCGGCGUCGCAGAAUGGACGAUUCGUUUCAUGCUGAAAAGGCAUCGCCUGCGGGAGAUACUGGACGCCUAGAUGUCCCGGAGAUGAUGUCAUCUCGUAACACUCUCACCAGACUGGAUGCAGGAGAGCUGUGACGUGACUGAACCAGAAGAAAAUGUAGGCCUAUGAAACGAUGAACCGCAGACGAGCAAAGAAAACGUAAUGCUUCAGUCGUGGUUUGAUAUAAUGAUAUCGAGAUAGAACUAGGAUUUUGGAUAAAUUAUUUCCAAUUAUUUAUUAUGUAUAUUUAUUACCACAUCAUGUUUCACAACUUGAAAUGCAUUUAAUCCAACCAUUGCCAUAUCAUAUUAAAAACAUAAGUAAUGUACUGAUUAUUUUGUAUAGUAUAUAUUAUGCAAUUUGAUAUUUAGUUCUAAGCUCAAAAUACCAAGGACACUUAUUCUUUGGUUUAUUUUCUGUCUAUUUUUAUAUGUACCAUAUUUAUUAAA